AUGACGAUGUCGAUCGACGAACGCUUCAACCGCAGGUCGAACAUCGAUCACAACGGCCAGUCAAACCCUCUCGAUGACACCGUCAAAAUUUCCUAUGGAACGGCCGGCUUUCGUGAAAAAGCUGAAGUGCUCCCAUUCGUCGCACUGCGAGUCGGAUACCUCGCAGCACUUCGUUCACGUGUUUUGAACAAGGCGAUUGGAUUGAUGAUUACGGCAUCUCACAAUCCACAAUGUGACAAUGGAGUGAAAAUUGUGGACCCAAAUGGCGAAAUGCUUGCGUCGGAAUGGGAGAAUCAUGCAACGAUGUUAGUUUCGAUUCCCGAUGAUGAACUUCUACGCGAGAUGAAGAAGCUUGAAGAAACGCUCCAGUUGGGGGAUGCAAAGGAGGCCAGAGUGAUUUGUGCGGUAGACACUCGACCUUCCGGGCAACAUUUGGCUGAUGCUGCAAAGGCUGGUGCUGCACUCUGCAACGUGGAUUUUGAGUUUCUUGGGUUGUUAACAACGCCUCAACUCCAUUAUGCUGUACGAGUUCAAAACGACCCAGCGUUUGGUCCACCGGGAGAAGAUGGAUAUUAUACCAAGAUUGGCACGGCUUUUCGGCAAUUUUAUGAAUUACUCCCGAACAAAAGUUCACCCACUUUGCUGAUGUUGGACUGUGCAAAUGGCGUUGGAGCACCAAAAGCUCGGAAACUUUUUGAUGCGUUGCCGAAGAAUUUAAUGGAAGUCGAUUUUAAAAAUGAAGUCGGAGAACUCAACCAUGAGUGUGGAGCUGACUUUGUAAAGAUUUGUAAGCAAUCACCCGUACCUACCUGUAUUGAAGGAGUACGAUGUGCAUCGUUGGAUGGAGAUGCAGAUCGUCUUGUCUACUUCUACUCGAAGAAUUCUGAGUCCAAAAAUGUGAUUUUGCUCGAUGGUGACAAAAUAGCGGUUUUAUUUGCCAAAUUUUUAAUUGAGGAAUUAAAAGAAGCCAAGGUUUUUGAUCAGCUUACAAUUGGAAUAGUGCAAACAGCAUAUGCCAAUGGGGCUUCUUCGGCUUAUAUCAAGAAUCAAUUAGGUGUAGAUCCAAUUUUUGUUCCAACCGGCGUAAAACAUCUCCAUCAUGAGGCGAUGAAAUAUGACAUUGGUGUUUAUUUUGAAGCAAAUGGCCAUGGCACAAUUUGUUUCUCUGAUCAUUUCAAAUCGCUAAUCUCUGGUGGUGAAACGUCAAGCCCACCAAAGAAUCGUCUUUAUUGGUUUUCUCAACUAAUCAAUGAAGUUGUCGGAGAUGCGUUGGCCGAUUUGCUCGCCGUGGAACUCCUGUUGAAAUAUUAUGGAUGGACAGUUGAGGACUGGGCAAACAAACUCUAUCACGACGCUCCCAAUAUACAAAUCAAAGUUCCGGUGACUGAUAGAUCAAUUUUUCAAACGACGUGGGAUGAGACUAGACUAAUAGCUCCACUGGGACUUCAGGAUAAAAUUGAUCAUUUGGUCAACGAGCUUGGGGCGAUUCGAGCCUUCGCAAGGCCCUCUGGAACAGAAAAAACUGUUCGAGUGUAUGCGGAAGCUGAAGAUGCCGAAGUAGCUAACAAACUAGGAGAGAAAGUUGCUGAGAUUAUUCGAAAUUUUAAU